UCUGCUAUCGACACGCUGUAAAUUGAUUCGUACUGUCUGAAUUAUUAGGGAGGAGGAUCGUCCCUGACCGGUGUAACAGAUUGUUGUUGUCAUUUUGCUGGAGAGCUAGCCGAUGCUAACCUUUACCGUGUUCUUGUAAAUACUGCUAUUUGGCAGGAUGUCAGGAUGGCAGACGUCCCUGCCCUGCCAGACAGCCUGGUGCUUGAGAUCUUUUUGCAACUGCCCCACAAUGCAGUGCUGAGUGCUGGCCUUACUUGCCACCAGUGGCUGGCCGUCUCCCGAGACGAGUUUCUCUGGAGAGAGCUCUUCUACAGCUACUAUCGCAUCCCUCGAUCUGUGCCAAGGCAUCCAGCGGCCGUGUCCUGGUACAGAGAGUUUAAGCGUCUGUAUGACUGCAUCCCAUGUGUGGAGGUCCAGACACUGAAGGAGCACCAUGACCAGGUGCUGCACUUGGCCUUUUCCCACAGAGGCCACCGCUUCUCCUCCUGCUCCAAAGACUGCACUGUCAAGCUCUGGGACACGGAGCGGCUGGAUGGCACCAUCACGCUGGUGCACAGCUCCAGCAUGCGGCAGUUCAACUGGGGCUACACCCAGUUCUCUCAGUUCAACGCCGACGACACCCUGCUGCUGGUGUCAGGGGUCUACCUGGGCCCCCAUCACUCCUCCUCCGGGGAGAUCGCCGUCAUCAGCUUAGAAAAUUACACGCUUCUAUCACGAGUACGGAACAAGCCCUAUGAUGUAUUUGGCUGCUGGCUGAAUGAGACCCAUCUAAUCUCUGGCAAUCUACACUGGAUCGGCAACAUGACCUCCUGCUCUGUGCUCUGGCUCAACAAAGCCUUCCAGGAUGUGGAGUCAGAGAACGUGAACGUGGUCAAACGCCUCUUCAAGAUCCAGAACAUCAACGCCAGCACCAUCCGCACGGUGAUGGUGGCACACUGUCGGCGCCACGACACUCCUGACCUGCUGCUGGACUACGAAGCCCAGUCACAGGCCCGCGCUCUGGCCCAGCAGACCGGUCACAAGCACCAGCCGAUACUCUUCGACCUGGGCGGUACAGACAGCGAGGAGGAAGAGGAGGGAUGUGAGGAAGAGGAUGAUGAAGAGCAGCAGCAGGGGGAGGGGAGGCCGCUGGCGGCUAACCUGUCCCAGGUCAAAUACACACCCCUGGAGCACGUUAUCCAGGGUCGGCGCAGUGGCAUGACUGAGGAGCGGGAGCUUGAGAAUAAGGUGGCCAUGCUGAUGGGCAAGUCUCACACCAAAGCGUCCAACCCGUCCGUGUUCUCCUCCAGUGCCGCCGGAGAGGCCGAGGACAUGACCUACCUGCUCUUCACCACCGGCAGCCUUACCUACUCCCCCCACCAGAUAGGCAUCAAGCGCAUCAUGCCUGACCAGAUGACCACCUGUGGGCCUGUGCUGGGCGAGGAGCGCAGCUCAGAUGAGUUCUUCGACUCGCUCGAUCACGUCAUCGACAUCCACGGCCACAUCAUUGGCAUGGGCCUCUCCCCCGACCACAGGUACCUGUAUGUGAACAGCAGGGCGUGGCCGGCAGGCUGUGUGAUCUCUGACCCCAUGUCGCCGCCCCCCAUCGCAGAGGAGAUUGACCUGCAUGUCAUUGACCUGAAGAGCCUGCGCGAGGAGAGGCGGAGCCUCAGGGCCCACCGUGCAUUCACGCCCAAUGACGAGUGCUUCUUCAUCUUCCUGGACGUCAGCCGGGACUUUGUCGCCAGUGGUGCGGAAGACAAGCAUGGCUACAUCUGGGACCGCCAUUACAACAUCUGCCUGGCCAAGCUGCAGCACACAGACGUGGUGAACUCCGUGGCCUUCAGCCCGGCUGACCAGGAGCUGUUGCUCUCCGCCAGCGACGACUCCACCAUCAAGGUGUGGCGCUCUCCCCGCGCGAUGCGCCUGGCACAGUGCCCGCCACGGGCCCUCCGGUCCGGCCGAAACCUAAUCGCCAACUUGCUCACCCGCCGGAACACCCACCUGAAUGCCAACGCCAAUGUCAACGUCAACGGCAAGCCCUGACGGAGAGUGAAAGAAAGAAAGAAAGAAAGAAAGAGAGAGAGAGAGAGCGCUGCGGAAGGAUGUGGGAGAACAGUCUCGACUCACACUCCAGGAGGGGGCUUGGUGAUGACGUCUUGACUCCAUCCACAUCGCUGCCUUUAACUCCCCUCCCCUCCAUUUGUCGAGACCAGCGCCUCCCCCCCUAGUUUCUCGCAAAGGCUCAUGGGAACUUGGAGGACUAAUACAGGUCUGAGCCACUAUGAGGUGCACUUUGAACAGUUUAGCUCUUACUGCCAAGGGGGAGUAGGGGAACAUCUGGCAAGGCAGGGUUGACCUGAUAAACAGCCCGGCUCUUGGAGUGAAAUUAACCUCUUUCCAGGGAUGACCUGUAAAAGACAGGAAGAAGACCUGCAACAAUUGCGAGAAUUUCAUGGAGCGGAGGCAAAAAUGGUGUUUUUUUUACUGCAGUGAUUACAGAAAGGAUUAAUCAGGUGUUCUGUCUGAAUGACAGAAGGAAAGAAAAGGUUCUAGAGGUAUGGGGAGAGCGGAAGAGAUGAUGAUGAUGAUGACGACGACGACGACGAUGAUGAGAGAGAGAGAGAGAGAGAGAGAGAGAGAUGUGGGUGGCUGAGAAAUGUGUGUGCCGGAUCACUUUAGUGUCUGCAGGUUUUAAACUCCUCACAAUCCAACAGUGUUGACCUCCACUAACGCGUGCACGUGUGCAUGAAUGUACGUUAUACUUUUACUCUUUCAGGUUUGUUUGACUUUUGUCCUGUUUUUUUGGUUUGUUUUAAAUGCUCAAAUGUGUGCCAGCACAAAGAAACCAUGCACAGGACAAGAGACAAGAGGAAGAAACCAGGAUGGAUACAGUGUGGAGCAUUAAUUUUUCUACGCUACAGGCUGAAGGAUCAGUGUUUUAACAGAAUAAAAAAGCCAGGUGUAUGACUAAGCCACUGAGUGCAUGAAAACAAUCAACCGCAUCCUUGGUCUGGUGUGUUUCUCAUGACAAAUCAUCGGGAUCGUUUUGGUUUCAUUUUUUUUAUCAAUCUACAAAUAUUAUCCAGUUUGAACCAACCUGUAGCACAUGACUGCUGGGUGGUGUAGCUUUUUGCCCAGUUCACUCAGUUCAUCCUGACCACUACAGAUCUCUCUGCUCGCACUCACUGCUGUUACACCCCCCCCCCCCCCACCCCCCAUUUUCUUUUUUACUUGUUCAAAAAGAAAAACCCUUAAGUUUUGGUCUUUGCUCGUGUUGUGAAACUCACCCUAAAAAAGCAUGCAAUUGUUUUCCUAGUACAAUGGAGUCUGGAAGGCUGGUGAGGCCUUCUGUUGAGGAUCAUUGAUAAUAACUGACUUAAUGAAAUGUUUGGCCCCUAAUAUUUAAAAUCCACAAACAUGCAUUGAUUCUUUCUCUGCUGGUCUUUACUAUUUCCCCUGUAGUCUGCUAGAUGUUAAAAUGAUAUUUAAAAAAAAAAAAAACACCCUAAUCUUAAGUGUAAUUGCUUGGUGUGAUUGGCAAUUGUGUAUUUUUCAUUUGGUUUACGUUUUGGUUAGGAAUAUGUGGCUUUCGGUGCAUCUAAAAUCUCCCUGAAAUGAUUUGGUCAAAAGGUUUCUCCCCGUUGCCCCCCCGUUUCUUUUUUCCUUUGUUUCCCCUCUAGCAUGGUUGUGUUACCCUGUCUCACACACAGUCCCCCCAUUACACACGUCACUGUACUGCAUACAGAAAAAAGCCUGUGUGAUGUUUAAAAUCAUUUUGAAUUAAACUAUUUCACUUUUA